GAGUCAGUGACAGACAAAGAGAGACCUGGCUUAAGAAGGAUGGAAAUACCUUUAUCUGUGACACUGAUGCUUCUACUUACAGUAGCUGGAGAAGAAAUCCUGUCCUUGACUGUCAGAGAGGGACACGACGCGACUUUACCUUGUGGAGAUGUGAUAACAAACCAUCAGACAUGUGACAGGACGUCUUGGUUUAUCAGCGAGGGGCUUUUGGGAACAUUAGAGCUGGUUACACAUGGAAAUAUCAGAGAAAAUGGGACAAUAUCCAAGAAAUUAAGAGUUACAGCAGACUGUUCUCUGGUAGUAAUGGAGGCCAAUAUGUGGUUUGUUGGUCAGUACACCUGCAGGCAGUUUGGAUCAGGAGAACUUGAUCAGGAUACUCAUGUGGAUCUGUCUGUUAUUUAUUUUGAAGAAGAAGAGACCAAAGAUGAGUCCAGGUUUUUCUGCUAUGUGGACACGUAUAAUGACAUGUGUUGGCACACAGUUCAGUGGUGGUAUUUUGGAAGUUUGAAUGGCACAGAGACAUCACAGACUAAUUGUUCAACCACUGUGAUAUUUACAACUCAUCCUGAUCAGAACACAGACUUCGAUGAGUCUCUGUAUUGUGUGGUGAUGGAUAUGAGGAGCGAAAACAUCCUGUGGUGUAAACUCGGCCCAGAAGCCUCAUCUGGAACAUCAGGUUGGCUGAGGUUUAUUAUAGUCUGUGUUUUAUUAGCUGCACUCAUAAUAACAGUGGUGACAGUGAACAUAUACCUGAGAACUACAGGGAACAGAACAGAGAUGGACAAAAAUGCUGUUCAAAAUGACAACAAUGAAGAUGAUAAUGCAGUUAUUUAUGAAAAUCAUGAUGGCCGUGAGCCUUCUGUGAGAUUUCAAUGAGAAACGUCAGGAUCAACAAUCUGAUCUCCUCCCUAUAGCCUCAGCAUGGAGCCCUCAGGGAUUUGCUAGGAUGUUUGGUGUUCAGUGAGUGUACAAGUGUGGGACAGUUUUACUCUGGGAAGGCA